AUGCCUCCAGACUCAUCCCAGUCAUCCCCGGAAUCCAAAUCAAAGACCGAAAAGAAGCAAAGGAAAUCUUGGUUCUCCCUAUCUCGCAAUUCCAAAGAACAUGUUCGCUCUCGUUCUCCACCCAAAUCUUCUCCGACCGCACCUCCUUCUCAACCUCAGGAGCGCUUCCGACCCAUCUCAUGGAAACCUAACAGGAUCGAAACCCUCUAUGUAUCUCCAUCCGAACGAAAUCUCUAUCUCGCAGCCAUGUCUCAGCUCGACCAAGCGCCCCCUCCUCUCCCCUUAUGGUCCGACCCAGCACCUUCUCUCCCACAAGUCGUCCCUCAAACCUUCGACCUCAUUCCUAACUCCCUCGCCCAACAAGCAAUGAAAACUUCAGACAUUCAUCCCCUCACCACCAGACCGAUGUCACCCAAACUGGUAACUUCUCCUGAAAUGUCACUCAACAGUCCAGGUCUCAUGGUGAGGGACGAGUUCAGACGACUCCCACCUCCACGUACGAGGCAACACGCUUUGUUGGCUCUCCAGUUACCAAACGGCCUCAAGUUCACCGGGUUCGGGGUCACGACGCUUAUCGCGGUAGAUGAGGUUUUAAAAGAAGGUUGGGGUUUAGGGGUGGGAAAGCGAAGCGAAACAGUGGAGAAUUUGGCCCAAAGGGGGGAGAAUGAAGGACACGUGGCCAGCUGGCGAGUCAGCUUGAGAGGUCAGGUGUGGAAAAGAAAGGGGUCCGAGGAGCUAGAUUCCAUUAGACUGGUACUGGCCAUUUUGACCGUGCUCGGUGUUCACGGUUGGGUACUUGUGGGAAAUCUUCAGGCGGCUUCCACCAAAAAAGACGCACAUAACCUUCUCUUUGCUUACUCCCCCGAGCACCUGAUAGCGCCCCCAACAUUCUUUGCUAUCUCAUUUCCCCUCCCCGAUAGAGUGUCCAUCAUCUCUCCUCCACCUAAAUCAACUCCUGCACUCAUUUCCGCUGUUCGUAACUCCAUCGUUCAAUCACCACACUCUCGGAGCGGAACAGCUGGCACUACAUCGAGCGACAUGACCGCCGGUGUGGCUUCCACCGCCCCAUCUUCGGCUAUUAGAUCUCGCCAUGGGUCAAAACUCAAAGGCAUCAAACUGGAAGGCUGGGUACAUGAAGGCGUGUAUCGAUUUUGGAUAGAUGGAAUGAGGAGGUGGCUGGGAAAUGGUGUCAAACGGAAGGUUUUUGACAGCCUGCAGCCGCAGCUCUUGACCAAAAUCGUUUCCGCUCUUGCUGCCAAUCACUAUGUCUUGGCCGGCUCCAUCCCUCUAUACCCCCUCUCCAAAGGUCGUGACGUCCUCUUUUUCUCCUCCCUCCCAGGAUCCGGUCUCACCUUCCGCGACACAUUCCGAUUCAAAGCUCUAGACUCCUCGCCUCUGUCCUCUACUCCAGGUACACCCGUGUUCGUAUCGCCACACCAGACCCCUCCUCAAUCAGUCGUCAACCCUCGUAACGUUGACGCGGAAAAUCGCAAACUGCCCUGGCAGUCCAUCAUCACGUCCCCAAGAGAAGGCGGAUCACCUCACGGAUCAGGACAGAUCACUCCGCCGAAGCCCAUCUCUCCUCUCACUCCCGAUCAGGCCCUAGCAGAAGAUGCUAGACGUAGGACAGAGAGUGCUGGUUCCGCCCGACCUCUCAUUCCCAACGCGGCGCAGGGUGAUACCCGACGCCGGGGAAUACUUUUGAAGAAAAAUUCUCGUAAUCGGAACCGAACUGCGUCGGGGAAUGAAUCCAAAGUGUCUUCUCGUCAGCCUUCCGACUCCCAGCCGAUCCAUGUGGGAGAUGAUCGAGCCGUAGAGGAUGAAAGAUGGAGUAUGGUGGAUCCUCCUGUUCUUGUCGCGCCCGACAACGGAGAUGCUCAACCUCGUAGGAGCACGGGUCCAAGCAUGGAACAAGGUCGUCUUUCGCCUUCGAAAGGUACUACUGACUCUGGCGAGUCGGUAUAUCUCGAUGCGGACAACCAGCGAGUCUCGGAGGAUCAAGAGCCAGAGAGAAUCUCCGAAUUAGCACUUGCUGAUCGACUGCAACUUGGUAAACCCAUCAGACCUGAAUCGUCACAAGAAUUACCUGCCUUGUCGCCGAAAUCUGCCAAUAGGGCAAGACAUGCUAUCGUGGAUACGAACGGACCGGGAGUACAGAGCGUGAUGGGAAGUAUUGGUGUCACUUCUACUCUUCUUGGAUAUGGGGGACCAACACCAGGUGAACAAGGACGUAUGUCUCAACACCACGUCGAUGAACACGGGGUGAAAAGAGAUGUGAUAAAUGGGGAAGUUUCUCCGCCUAUGGAGGGAGAAGAAGUGAGAGGAAAGGAGAAAGAAGUAAUGAGAAAAGUAUGGGAUGAUUCAAUGGACAUGUGGGUCAAUGUCCCAGAAGACGAUCCUAGGGUACAGGAAUUCAGGGUAGGAAGUUUGAGAAGUGAGAAAACCGGGAGUGGUAUCGGGAAUGGAACGUUAGGACAUGGAAGUGCUAGGACGAAACUCGCAUUCGUCCGGACGAUCUUCAGGACCAAAGAGAGGAGGUCAAAAGAUGGACCAAGGGAUGCAUCUCCUCCCAUAUCUUUUCUGUCCCGCCCAAAGAGCGCAUCUUCCACUUUCUAUGACGGAUCAUCUUCCUUAGCAGAGGACCUGUCGAAUUUGCGGUCUCGUAGAGGACUUCACACGUAUACUGACCCACCAGGUCGUUCAUUAGAUCAUUUACUCAUUGCGGCUGCUUCAGAUGGAAAGCAUCAAUUUCCAGACACAAUUGACCCACUUCAGGCCCCACCCAAAGUUUCCUCUGGACAUACAUUCAAUUCACCAACAAAUCCAGCAUCCUCGGCAACAGAUCAAUCCCCAAUCAUUCCAAAAUAUGGUGACACUGAAACACAAUUCAAUGAGAAACCACCAUGGAUAUCCGUCCGUGGUUUCAGACUUCUCAGCGAAUCAUUUCCAGAAGCGGAUCCCUCAGAGAUGUAUCAUUUUCCAUUAUUCGGGCCUUGUCUUUGUUCAUUGAGACCAGAUCAUACAGGUUGGUCGUAUGUUCAAUUGAAAAUGGAAGCUACUUUGAACAUGGUAGAGUAUCUGGCAAUAUCUUGUGCUCAAACCGCCAAUCAAAGGGGAUGGAUCAAGGCAGAACUCGAACGUACAGUAUGGAAGGAUAACAUUGGUUUUUGUCUGGGGUUUUUCAGCUAG